CCCGCCACCUGGCCAACCCUCACGUCUAAGGGAUUGUCAACCCUUCCCAAGCUCCACUGGACUGGCUGACCGGCCUUUGAAAUUUCCCACCUUUUUCUCUUUCCCCUUUCCCUUUUCGACUCCCCCUAUAUAAAGUAAGCCCCCACGCUCGCCAAGCAACACACUCCAUCGCACACCCAACGCACGUACCCAACCAGAGCCAAAAGCUCCCCCCUUUACGGCUCCCGCCGCGCCGAUGGACUGGACCAGGGGCCGCGCCGUCGGCCGCGGGGCCUCCGCCACCGUGUCGGUCGCGACCUGCCGCCGCUCCGGCGACGUCUUCGCCGUGAAGUCGGCCGAGCUGGUUCGGUCCGAGUUGUUGCGGAGAGAGCAGCGGACCCUGUCCUCCCUGAGCUCACCGAGGAUAGUCGGCUACAGGGGGUGCGAGAUCACGAGCGAAGACAGCAGGAUCAUGUUCAACAUCUUCCUGGACUAUCUGCCGAGAGGAAGCCUCGCGGAUCAGAUCAGGAGCCACGGAGGCAAGCUGGACGAACCGGCGAUUCGUGCCUACACGAGCCAAAUUCUGGAGGGGCUGGACUACUUGCACUCCCGGGGCAUCGCGCAUUGCGACAUCAAGAGCGCCAACGUCCUGAUCGGCGACGACGGCGCCGCGAAGAUCGCCGACUUCGGGUGCGCGAAGCGGGUCGGCCCGGCGGGGGCGGCUGCGACGGCGGCGGCGGGGAUCGGGGGCACGCCGAUGUUCAUGGCGCCGGAGGCGGCGCGGGGAGAGGAGCAGGGGCUCGCCGGCGACGCGUGGGCGGUCGGGUGCACGGUCGUCGAGAUGGCCACCGGGAAGUCCCCGUGGCAGGCCGGCGCGGCCGCGGGUGCAGACGACCCGGUGUCGGUGCUCUACAGGAUCGCGUGUUCCGGGGAGUCACCGGCGAUUCCGGGGUGCCUCUCCGCGGAAGCAAGGGAUUUCGUGAGCAAGUGUCUAAGGAGAGACCCGAGGGAGAGGUGGACGGUGGGUCAACUUCUCGAGCACCCAUUCCUCGAGAGCAACAAACUGGGCUCGAGCCAAGCCGAGCAGACCAACACGAAGUCGCCCACGAGCGUUCUGGAUCAAGAAUUCUGGGACGCCAUGGACGAGGCAGAGUCGGAAGCCGCCACGACGGGAGGCGAACGAAUCGAGUCGGCCCUCGACAGGAUCAGGACGCUGUCGUUCCGGGAGGGACGACCCUGCCGGCCGUGCGACGAGGGCUGGAUCACAGUCAGAGAUGGUGGGUCGGACGCGGCUUCAUCUUCUUCAUCGUCAUCUUCUUGGCGUUCUUCGUGGGUCGGCGACGAGAUGGACGACGCGAGUGCCGUCGGUGGUGAGAGGUGGGUGGGCCUGCCGCAGGGUGGGAAUUCAUGUGAAUGCGGAGAAAAGUGCGCUGUCAUUCGGAUUAGCCUCGAUUUGCAGAGACACGAGUGUAGAUUUCCCGAAUUGAUGUCGAGAUUUUCGUGAAAAUGACUGCUCUCUCUCUCUCUCUCUCUCAUCGCAUUUGCUUCUUUUUGGCGGUGAACUGAGCUUUGAGCUGGAUCGAUUCUUUUCCAAUGGCGGACGUGAAAAGCGCUUUGUCCUCUCUCGCCAGUACCUAGUGUACUCUCAAGAACUGAAGGGUCAUCUUCGACUUCGAGAUC